UUAUGCAAUCUCAAGCUCAUCUUCUUUUUCAACCAUCAUCCCACUUAUGGGUCAAUUUGACCUCAACCCGACCCAUCAAUGUUAAACCAUGUAGAGCAAACAUAAUAAUGUCAGCGGUAACAUCUGCCCCGAAACGAGAAACUGACCCGAAAAAACGGGUGGUGAUAACAGGUAUGGGUGUAGUAUCUGUAUUUGGAAAUGAUGUAGAUAGUUACUAUGAGAAACUGUUGGGUGGUGAAAGUGGAAUCGGGUUGAUUGACCGGUUUGAUGUAUCAAAGUUUCCUACCCGUAUUGGUGGGCAGAUACACGGGUUUGAAUCCGAAGGAUACAUUGAUAGGAAAAGUGAUAGGAGACUUGAUGAUUGUUCAAGGUAUUGCAUUUUUGCUGGUAAAAAAGCUCUUGAAAAUGCUCAUCUUGGUCCCGAAAAUCGCUAUAAGAUUGAUAAGGAGCGUGCGGGCAUACUCAUUGGAACUGCAAUUGGAGGUAUUACAUUAUGUUCUGAUGGCAUCGAAAGUCUUAAAGAAAAAGGUCACAGGAAAAUCACUCCUUUUAUCAUUCCUUAUACCUUAACAAACAUGAGUUCUGCCUUGCUUGCUAUUGAUGUUGGAUUCAUGGGACCAAACUAUUCCAUUUCGGCUGCUUGUGCUACUUCCAAUUAUUGCUUUUAUGCUGCUGCAAAUCAUAUCCGCAGAGGGGAAGUUGAUAUAAUGAUUGCUGGUGGCACUGAAGCUGCCAUUGUUCCUAUUGGGUUGGCCGGUUUUAUGGCUCUUAAUGCACUCUCUAGAAGGAAUGACGAUCCACAAACGGCUUCUAGGCCAUGGGAUAAGAAUAGAGAUGGAUUUGUCAUGGGUGAAGGUGCUGGUGUUCUGGUUAUGGAGAGUUUGGAACAUGCAAUGAAAAGGGAUGCGCCAAUAUACGCUGAAUACUUGGGAGGGGCGGUGAAUUGUGAUGCUUACCAUAUGACUCGUCCGUGGUCUGAUGGGCUCGCUGUUUCUUGUUGCAUUAAAAGAUGCCUUAAGGAUGCUGGUGUGUCAACAGAGGAGGUUAACUACAUCAAUGCGCACGCAACUUCAACAUUGAUUGGAGACCUAGCCGAGUUAAAUGCCUUAAAGAAGGUAUUCAAAAGCACUUCAGGGAUCAAAAUGAACUCAACCAAGUCUAUGAUUGGACACUGCCUAGGUGCAGCCGGAGGUCUGGAAGCCAUUGCUACAAUCAGAGCUAUUCAAACAGGAUGGGUGCACCCCACCAUAAAUCAAUUUAACCUAGAUCCUGCAGUUGAAUUCGACACGGUUGCAAAUCAAAAGCAACAACAUGAAAUCAAUGUUGCUAUUUCAAAUUCAUUAGGUUUUGGAGGGCAGAACUCUUGUGUCGCAUUUUGUGCAUUUAAACCUUGAUAUAGUUUGGUCUGUGUUUCCUUGGAGCAAUUGCUUGUUUCUGUUCUUGUAUGUUAUAAAUAAGCACAUUAGUUCUUAUAUAUUUGACAAUGCUGGUCAAAAAGGGCCUCUAAAACAUUCUAUAAAUGGUCUUGCGACCAAGCUACUGA